AUGUUGCCAACACAUAGAGUGGCAGUCACCCCAUCCACCUUGCAGCAAACAGUGAACAAAAGUAAAACAGGAGUAAAGAUUGCUCGGUCGCAUGCUAAAGAAAGUACUGCGCGACUAGUGUUACGUUGUUGGUUCUCCUCGGAGAAUAAAAGCUCAGGAAAAAAUGGGGAUAAGACUCGAUCGGUAGGAAAUGUAAUAGCAACUCAAGAAAAUAUGCUUCGCGAACGUCAACUUCAAGAGGCACGCCAACAACUGUCAGUCUCAAGAAAUGCAUAUGAACAAGCUAUUGCAGCCCAAUCCAAAAUUCAACGCGAGGUCAAUGACCUCCUUCAGCGCAAAAACCAAUGGACCAAUGACGAUUUUUUACGUAUAACUCAAUUAUUACGUGAUGAACAAACCAUCGAACAAAAAGUGAUCACGACGCGCGAGGAUUGCCAUCGCUGCGAUAAACAAGUCGAACACGAGUUUACCGAACUUAUUCAAGUCAUGAUGAUGAGAUAUCACGACGAGCAUAUUUGGAGUGACAAAAUUCGGAAUUGGUCAACAUAUGGCACUUUUGCUUUGAUGGCGUCGAAUAUAGCAUUGCUUAUCGGGGUUCAAACAGUGGUUGAACCGAGAAAGAGGCAGAUAUUAGUGGAUAGAAUUAAAGUAGAGACCGAUCUAUUAAAGGAGCAAUUAGCAAAUGCCGUGGCGUUAUUAAUGAAAGAGGAUGAAAUUAAGGGACUGAGUAUCAAUAAUGGGGACGUUGAAGGAGAAGAUCAGUUUAACGCUCGGGCGGAAACGAAGAUAGCAAACCCCAUAGCAUAUGACGAGACAUUUUGGAAAGGAGCUGUAGUGGGUGGGGCUGUAGUGGGCAGUGCCGUUUUGGGUAUUUUUGUUGCUGUCGUAGCAGCUAAUUUAAAAAAAUAA